UUCCUCUUCCCUUUCAUCGAACCCUUGUUAUUCCUUCUCGUCGAGCCAUUGUUCUCCAACCUUUCUUCUCUAGCCUUCCCUUCAUCAAGCCUUUCUUUUCGUCGAGCCAUUUUCUUCGAGCCUUUCCUCUCCCUGUCUGAACCAUAAUCUUCAUUCCUCGAACCAUCAUCUUCAUGUCUCGAACCCCAGGAGUCCCUGCCUCCAAUCGUGACCCCCUCUCCCUGUGUGGUACCCGUGUUCUUCGUCAACGAACCCUCGAUUUCUCACAGUGGAGCUCUAGGACUCCUAUUCUCGUACUCUGAGGUCAAUGCCACCCUCUUUCGGUCUCGGUGAGUCUGUGGUGAGUCCAUAAUGUUAUUCCUUUAAUGUAUAACUUUCUUCGUUUGAUGUGUAGUCGUUUAAUGUUGCGGUGAUUCACUGAGAAGAAGAAGUUUGGUGGUCUAGCCAUCUAUCAGUGUUCGUUGUUGUAGAUUUAGCCAUCUCUCAGUGUUCCUUGUUGUAGAUUUGUCAGAAGAAGAAGUUUCGUUGUCUAACCUCCACCGUACACCUCUCCCGCAUUGGCUUUCCCCUGAAACCCUACCCUAAAAUUGAAAAAUCGGAAAACCCUAACGUGUUUGAAUGAAGGAUUGAAUGAGAAAUGGCGUCGAAGUUCAAAACGUGUUUUGUAUGGUGGAACCUGAGUGGCUUCAACNAUGUUAACCACUCUAAGGGAAAUGGUAGGAUAGUGCGAGUUUCAUUUUCCAGGUUCUUGCAAAAUGCAACACCGAACCACUUUCAGCAGUUUGCAGAAUAAGAGGCAAUGGAUCAAGCCUUCCAUUGAGGAAGGUCUCUGUCAAAAUCAAGAUGAGAAAGAAGAUUCAGAGGUUUCAUUCAAUAACUAAGAAACUCCAAGAACUUGUUAUCCAAACGAAAGAAUUGAAGCUUGAUUGAGGGAAUUUGAAUAGGUUUGCUAAGAAGGGAGCCUUAAUGUAUUUGAAUAUCAAUCACGAUAAACAUAUAUGGCCUACAAAGAACAGAGUGAACAUGAGGUUAUUUCUGCAUUUCUUGGUCUUUUAUCCUCUGCAACAAGUCCAGAUUACAUGUGAUUCAUAUUGCAGCAGAGAUGGCACCAGUACCAAAGGUGCACUCAUGUACCCUAAUCAUAGUGAAGAUGAUUCAAAUUCAUUCGAGACUCCUACUCCUACUAGAAGGGGAAAGAAAAUUUGUUCAGGGAUCCCAGAGCCACUUCCUUUAAUGGAAGGUCAAGGAAAAUCGUUGAAAGUACUUGGCUUUAGUCAAAAUCAAAGGGCUGAUUUUCUUCAAAUUUUGAUGAGGUUUGGGGUUGGUGAUUAUGAUUGGAAACAGUUUGCUCCCAGGAUAAAACACAAGAGUUAUGAAGAAAUCACGGAGUAUGGCAAACUUCUUUUGUCUCAUAUUGCAGAGGAUAUUACUGAUUCACCAACAUUCACAGGACUAGAGCCGAUGGACAUUUCUACAGUAUCAACAUCGCAACCAUCUUUUGAAGGUCAUAACAGCACUGUUAUUGCACAUGGUGCUAGGGGUAGUGGAAAGACCCACAUAAUUCAGAGAAGCUGCCAAUCUUGGUUUUUGAAGAUCGUGGUAGAAAUCAGUUUAAAGGAUUGAGUCAGGUAGAAAUCUAUUUAUAAUUAAUUGUUAUUAAUUAGUUGAAUUCCUUUUCAUAAUUUGUAAAAACUCUCAAGAAAAGAAAAUAAGAAAAAAAAGUCUUCCUCGCAAAUAAAAAUCAACUUAUAUAUAUACUUAUUUGACAAGUUAAUGCAUCAGUAAAGAGAAGUUAUGUAAAAUUAUAAAUUGAUGUAUAAACUCAUACAAAAAGUGACAUAAUAAAUUUCUAU